GCCACGUCCGGCUAACAAACUCCAUCCGGAUAACAAACUGCGUCCGCUAUCCCCUCAACUCUCUUUAAACAGCAAGUCUCCUUUUCUUUUCUUAAAUCAAGACAGAAGACGACGGAGACGAAGGUCUACUUCCGUCCGGCCGGCCGCAAUCCUUUUGAUAGUCCCAGAUUGCUUUCAAUCCCUCACAAGAUCCACCUCCGUGUUGGCAAGUGUUGACUCCUCCAAUUGGGUGCAGGGAGACGGGGACACUAGGAUACGGUCUGGAUCGAAUCUUCCUUGGAUACCAUCUCUCGUUGCAGACUGUGUAUCUUGGGAUCAUCAUUUCCACCUUGGUUGCGAACAAGAAAUUCGCCACUCACAAGACCCUAAGGUGAUGGUAAUAUCGGGAAAAGACGCACAGAUGGACUGCAGUUUCGUCAAGGACACGUUUAUGGAGGCUACAGAUUUUGUGGUAAAACGAGCCCUCGAAGGACUGAACGACUCUACCCUCGGUGAUCCCAAGCGAUGCAUCAUGCUUGAGAGCGUUUCUCAGACGCUGCCCACGCAAGUACCUGAGGUAGCUAAGGUGCAGGCCAUGUUGGUCGGGCUUAUUGACCUUUCCAAGAAGUUGGAGGUUGGCCAGACUAAGUUCACGGAGGAAUCCGAGCGAGAUGAGCAUGUUGUUGCUGAAGUAGGACUUAACAUUAAGUCUGGCCAUGAGGUUUCCAAGGUCAUAAUUGAGGACUUAUCUGCCGUAGAAAAGAAGUGCACUGAAAUGGAGGCACGUGAAGAAGAGUUGAAGGCCCAGCUUGAAGAGGUUACUGCUACUUUGCACAGGCUUAAGUUGGGAAUGGAACAAUGCCGACAAGCACAUGAUGCCCAUCAAUCUGAACAGGAGAAGUUGGUGAAGAGUGUACAGGAUACCAAUGCUGUCAAACGUGCAAGGCUUGCUGAAUUUAAACAAAAGACAGCAGAUUUAAAGACUGAAGCAAGUCAGUUGUUGAACAGCCUGCAGAACUGGUGAGCUCCUUGAGAAGGCGUAGACUUUGUUUAGUUCUCUUUUAUUUGGCCAUUUCAGUUCAUCAUUUCCCUUUGAAUCAUUUUACGUUCAGUGCUCAGUUUCACUUCAA